AUGGCACCUCCUCGUCGCAACUUACUCUCAAAGGACCGUUUUGCGUUCGCCUUUGAGACUCUCAAAACUCAGAAUUAUUAUGAUCCCGCGUCGAAAGCACCAGGAUCCCACACAAUUCGCACUCUAGCAUGGAAUCCAACCGGUCAAUUAAUCGCGACAGGGUCUGCCGACCGCACCCUACGGAUUUGGAACCCCGAGCGCCCGGCUGUUAGAUAUUCGACCGACCUCCGCGGCCACUCCGCUGGCGUUGAGAAGGUGCUAUUUCACCCGGUUCGAGAAUCGGAAUUAGCAAGUUGCUCGACAGAUGGUACGGUGCGCUUUUGGGAUGUGCGCUCGAAAACUUGUGUGAGCCGUUUAGAUGUGGGCGGCGAGGCAUUCACGCUGUCUUGGUCGGCAGAUGGUAGUGUGUUGAUGGUUGGGCGGAAGGAUGAUACCCUGAUUCCCGUCUCUGUCGAAUCACCAUCGAGCCCGACUAUGCUCAUAGACGGCACUACCUCGAAUGGCUCCUCGCGAGAUGGCACGACAACUUACACUGCACUUGAAUCGCAUCCCCAGCCCAUCCAGACGAAUGCAACUACCUUCUCCCACCAUAUCCCCACACCAACUGCCUCAGACCUCCACCUCUUUGCAACAACCGGUGAAGGCACUGUCAAAAUCAUGUCUUACCCAUCCUUCGACAUCCUCCACACCCUCCAUGCCCACACCUCAGCAUGUCUCUCUAUCUCUCUCGCCCCGACAGGCCGCUACCUCGCCAUCGGCGGCAGCGAUGCGCUUGUCUCACUCUGGGACACAGCAGAUUGGCUCUGUAAACGCACUGUGUCGAGUAACAACGGUGGAGCAGUUCGCGGGGUCAGCUGGAGUUUUGAUGGACGUUUCCUUUGCGGUGCGUGUGACGAGGCUGGCUGCGGUGGGAAUGGCAUUGAGAUCUUCCAUGCUGAAACGGGGGAGAGCGUGUAUACUGUUCCUGCUGGGGGGAGUAGCAAUACCGGUAUUCCAGCUGUCGCGUGGCAUCCGUCGCGAUAUUGGUUAGCGUAUUCGACUACGAAUGAUGGGCCGGGUAGUGGUGGCGCUGGGGGGUUGAAGAUUGUCGGUGCUGCGGGUGGAAGUUUGUAG